AUGGGAUACAGCCACGACUCACCCGCAGUUCCGCCCUCAGCAGCGGCUCACGAGCUAUUCCGGGGAUUCUCGUUCGUUUCACCGGGCGUGGUAGAUGAAAAGAAGGACGAUAAGAAAAUUCGAACUAUUCCGACGGCAAAGACACAUCCCAUCACGGACGACUACAUUUUGAAAGAAGAAGUCGGAACUGGGACAUUCUCGAUUGUUCGACGCUGCAUAAUGAAAACGACGAAGCGCGAGUUUGUCGUCAAGAUCAUCAAAAAAUCGGUCUGUGAUCCAUGUGAAGAGGUGGACAUACUUCUACGCCACGGACAUCAUCCGCAUAUUGUGAAGCUCUUUGAUGUUUACGAAGACGAAACAUAUGUCAACCUUGUACUUGAGUACUGCCGCGGUGGCGAAAUGCUCGACAGGUAA